AUGAGUUCUCUCUUUGUCUAAUGCAUGGCUUGUAAGUAAAAACCAGCUACCAUCAAAUGCUAAGAAUGUAAACCUGGCCAGAUAUACCGUAUCUGUUAUGCUUGCAAUACACAAGUCCAUAUUAAAAAGGGUCCAAUUGAUUCCCAACAUAAAACAGAAAUUAUGUCAUAUCAAGGUAUCCCUUAAUAUAACAUCAAAUAGAAAUGAAUAUAAAGAGUUAAUCUGCUGCAGGUAUUCGAAAUUAAUAAAUAUAAGUAACUUAUAUUAAUUUGAAUUGCUAGAGUAAACCUGAAUUAAAGUAGAAACCACAAUAAUAAUAAAUUCAAUAUCAAUAACCAUAACCAUAAGCCUCUGCACAGAUCUAAUAAUUUGUAACUUCUCAGAAAAUGGGAAAGCUUGAAUUGGAAACCAAAAAUAUCCAAUAAAGUAAACCCAAUUCUACUUCAAACAAAGAGGUGCCAAAAGUAGCAUAAGUUUAAUAGAAUAAGUCUGAAACACCCCAACAGUUAACUAAAAUCAAGAAUAAUCACAAUGGAAAAUAAGUGGAUUAGGAAUUGCAUUCUGUAAUUAAUGAUUUAACAUUUAUAGGAUCAAUCUAAAGAAUUGGCAGCCUAAAUUAGAAGAGAAUAAGAAAAUAAUCAAAAGUUGUAGAUUUAAUUGUAGUAGACCUAGGAUUAGCUUUAGAAUAUUAAUAAAGAAGUUGAAAAAAUAAUGUAUUAUAAAUUAUUAAUAAAUAAGAUCAUAAAAUCAAAAAGAUUUGGAGAGGAAAAUUAAUGAUCUAAAGAAAUAAUACAAUGAGGAUAAAAAGAAAACUGAAUAAUUGUCUGAAGAUGUAUAUUCCCAAAAUAUAUCAACUAGGUUAAAAAAUUAAAAGAAUAAUUGAGAACCGCUGAUUAAUAGACAAAUAAGAAAUUAGAUUCAUAAAGGAAAUUAUAUGAUUAGUAAGUAAAAUAAUUGGAAGAAGUUGCAUAAGAGAAAUAGGAUUAAAUAUUAGAGAUUGCUCAAGAAUUCUAAAAUUAUAAUUUUGAGGAGAUAUAAGCUAAAAUGGAAGAAAUGGAGAAUGAAAACAAUUAGAAAGAUUAAUUGAUAGUAGAAUUAUAAAACUAACUGCAAGAGAAGAAUUCUGGAGCAAAUUAAAAUGAUAAUUAAGAAACUGAUGAGAAUUUAUAAAUUUAAUUGGAUUAGAAGGAUCAAGAAAUAUUAAAACUAGAAGAAAUAAUAGAAAACUUUAAAUAGUUAUAUUAACAUAUGUUAGAUGAGAAACAAGUUCUGGCUGAUGAAAAUGAAAAAUUAGUAUCUGAGAAUAAUCAAUUCAGAGAAUUAUUCAGUGUAAAUAUUAAUAUUACAUAGUAAAAUUUACAUUUAUUUGGAAUCAAUCCAGAUGAUUUGGAAGGUGGUGAUGAAGAUGAAACUGGAGCAGAAGCCGAGGCAGAAGAUUAUCGUUAACAUGAUGAUGAUGAGGGUUGA